AUGCUCUCCACACUGCGUGUCGCCAGCCGCUCGGCUGCUGCCCGCGAGGCUAACAUGCGCACCGUGAUCAUUGGUGCUCGUCAAGCUUCUGCUUGGUCCAAGGUUCCCCAGGGUCCUCCUGAUGCCAUUCUCGGUAUCACCGAGGCUUUCAAGGCCGACUCCUUCAAGGAGAAGAUCAACCUCGGUGUUGGUGCUUACCGUGACGACCAGGGCAAGCCCUACGUCCUGCCCUCCGUCCGCGCCGCCGAGGACAAGGUUGUUGCUUCGCGCAGCGACAAGGAAUACGCUGGUAUCACCGGUAUCCCUGCCUUCACUAACGCCGCCGCUGAGCUCGCCUACGGCUCCGACUCUGCUGUCAUCAAGGAGAACCGCCUUGUCAUCACCCAGACCAUCUCCGGUACUGGUGCCCUCCGCAUCGGCGGUGCUUUCCUCGAGCGCUUCUACCCCGGCGCGAAGAAGGUCUACCUCCCCAACCCCAGCUGGGCCAACCACAGCGCCGUCUUCAAGGACUCGGGCCUCGAGGUCGAGAAGUACCGCUACUACAACAAGGACACCAUUGGUCUGGAUUUCGAGGGUCUGAUUGAGGACAUCAAGGCUGCUCCUAACAAUAGCAUCAUCCUGCUGCACGCUUGUGCUCACAACCCCACCGGUGUUGACCCUACCCAGGACCAGUGGCGCCAGAUCAGCGAUGUCAUGAAGCAGAAGGGUCACUUUGCCUUCUUCGACAUGGCCUACCAGGGCUUUGCCAGCGGUAACGCUGAUACUGAUGCUUUCGCUCCCCGCCACUUCGUCAAGGAGGGCCACAACAUUGCUCUGUGCCAGAGCUUCGCCAAGAACAUGGGUCUCUAUGGUGAGCGUGUCGGUGCCUUCUCGCUCGUCUGCGAGUCCACCGAGGAGAAGAAGCGUGUUGAGUCUCAGAUCAAAAUUCUCAUCCGUCCCUUCUACUCCAACCCCCCCAUUCACGGUGCCCGCGUCGCCUCCACCAUCAUGAACGACCCCGCCCUGAACGAGCAGUGGCUCGGUGAGGUCAAGGGCAUGGCCGACCGCAUCAUCGAGAUGCGCGCGCUUCUGCGCAAGAACCUGGAGCAGCUCGGCAGCAAGCACGACUGGUCCCACAUCACCAGCCAGAUUGGUAUGUUUGCCUUCACUGGUCUGAAGCCCGAGCAGAUGGACGUCCUUGCCAAGGAGCACUCCGUCUACGCCACCAAGGACGGCCGUAUCUCCGUCGCUGGUAUCACCUCCGGCAACGUCCAGCGUCUCGCCGAGUCCAUCUUCAAGGUUACCGGUUAA